AUGACUAAUUAUCGGCUCUCAGAUUUUCCAACUGAGCAUACUGAAUACUAGCACUAAUUGACUUAGUCUAAAAAAAGAAAAAUAAAAGAGAUAAUGCAUUAAAAUGAUCCUAAUUUCUCUAACCACAAAGAAUAUUAAAAUGAUACUAUACUGAAGUAGAGUUUCAAAAAGUUAAAGAUAAAUUAGGAUCACUCUAUAAAGGCAGAUGAAGAUGAGGGGGAAGAUUUCGUAUAUUUUCUUAAACAAUUUGGCAAUGAGGAAGAACUACAAGCUGCAGCUGAAAAUUUGAGUUUCAACAGACAAGGUGAUGGAGAAUUCUCGAACAGACUCUCAAUCUCAUUAAAUCUUCCAUAAAGAUAAAGUGUAAUACCUGAAAGGAGAAAUUUAAAUCAGGAAUACAACCAGUUUUAAGAAGGUCUCAUUAGGAAUGAUAGAUUUAGGAUAAAACCUGGCUAAGGUUACAUAAAAGUAAAAAUCAUUGAGGGACUAGAUGAAAAUAAUAAUCAUAUAAAUGUUCCAUAUGAUAAUCCUUAAAGAAAAUUGCUAGAGCAUUACGACAAAAAGUAUGAUUUUAGCAAGAUGCCUAAAAAGGAUUCUCAAUAAGAGUAAAGUCAUUCUAAUUUCCUAGGAUCUUUUAAGGAUUACCAUAAUAUGGAUUAGGACAUAUUUGACUAUAAAUUAUGUUUUCCCUUUGUGCCAAUACCAGCUCUUAUUAUGUACCUGGCUUUAAUCAGAAAGUAAUGA